AUGGACAACGAGCAGCUUGGGAACUGGCAGCUUGUCAACGAUGGAGUAGGAUUUGGAGAAGAAAAUCCGGAUUUCAGUGUAUUGCCAAUUUGGACCUGGCAAUUAGACAGCUUCUUAGAGGAAGAAGUGCUUGAUGUUGCUCCUCUGGUGCAAAGUUACCCUUCAGAGCCUUUCUUUCCUACGCAAGACCUGUUUCAAGAAGAACCUUCUAGCAUGUUCGAUGGAGAGAACGGAUUUUGGGAUGAUAUGAAGGAGGGGACUGAGAACAAGAAAGCGGCUUCGGUUUGUCAUGGGGAGAAGAGAGGGGAGAAGAAAAUGAGGAACCUCAGAGAGUGUAGAGAGGAGAAGGUUUUAACUUUCGAGGAGGUGUCUCACUACUUCUACAUGCCCAUCACGCAAGCAGCCAAGGAACUCAAUAUUGGGGUUACGUUGCUGAAGAAGAAGUGCAGGGAGCUAGGCAUCCCAAGAUGGCCUCAUCGCAAGUUGAAGAGCUUGCAGACCCUCAUUAAAAAUGUUAAGGAAUUUGGGAGGGAGGAUGGGGAUGUGGGAGAGGCAAAGAUAAUUAGGAGUGCAUUAGAGAUUUUGGAGCAAGAAAGGAAGCUGGUGGAGAAGGAGCCUGCGACGCAGCUGGAGGAGAAGACCAAGAGGUUAAGGCAAGCUUGUUUCAAGGCCAACUACAAGAAGAGAAGGCAUAUGGAACUUGAGGAACCGCAAGCUUCUGCAGCUUUUAGCUUCCGUUGUAUAGAAGAUUAGAGUGUUAUCAGUGACAAGAUGAUGUUUUGAUGGGAAAGCUUCAGAUAAAAAUGAGAGAAGGCUAACCACUUUUUGCAUCUGCAGAAGAGAGUUGUGCUACUCUUAUUAGUCUCUGUUAUGUUAAGUUUUCUGGUGGAAUUUCUAUCCUUACUCAUUUUGUAUGCUGUAACUAUUGAAAGGGUCCAAACAGAAACACAAUCUUAAUGUAUCUUGUGUUCAUAUUUUUUUUUUCUUUAUAUACAA